ACGAGAGCCAUAUUGGAAUAAUAUUUGGGAUGGAAACUACUUCCAGUCAGUAUGUAGUGCGGCGAACUCUCAUCAAUUCCAUAAACAGUACCGGCAUCGGUGCGAGAUCAGAUUGCUGACCAUGACUCAAAUGCUGUUAAAUACUACCUAAACAAUGUUGUGCAGGAAGUGAUGAAUGUAGAUAGGUCAUCUAGAGCAAGAGUGCAAGCAUUGGCAUGCUCACUCAGACUUGACACCAAUUCCGCGGCACCCACUCGGCCCACAGACGAGCAAAUCCAGCGGAUAGCAGCACAUCCAAAGAUGCAGACCCUAUCCAAAAAAGAACCAGGAGUUGUCUGCCAGGAUCCGAGCAGCAGGCUACACAUCAAUCCCAGGGCAGCUGGAACUGCUCUCUACCGAGAGAAGAUGAGAGUCCAGAGUAAGUUGAACAGCGCAAAAAUCCAUCUCUGGAACCAUUAUCGUGAAAAGAAUCGAACUCGACACUUCCGCCAUGCAGAUACAGAACGCUUGAAGCUUGAUGAUAUCUUCCGGCAGCGAUGUGCCUUCACGAUGCUGCUAGUCCGCCUUCAACAUCGGAAAGAACCCCGUCCCCUAGGUCGGCGUGAACAACGACGCCUGUCCGAACAUGAUACCGCCGGGCAAUCUCCAAGUCCCAGUCCGGAGACGCCAUUCGUCGUUCCCCAAACCCUACAGGACUACAGGUGCCCGUUUUGUAUAUGUGAUACCUCACUUCCCAUGAAGCAAAGGAACAGGAAAUGGAAGAACAACAAUACCUUCUGGGAACAUGUUGAAAAGAACGUCCACCACGAUGAACUCAAGGGGUAUGCAUCUGGGAAAAAGAGGUGUGGCAUCUGCAGAGAACGGGGAGUGGUGUGCAUCUCCAAGGAAUGAUGGCAUUCAAAGCGCAUACCUUCUGGGAGUAUGGCAGGGAGCUUCGCAAAGAGCAGUUGUAGAUUCUUUGGGCUUUACUUAUUUAAGUACUUAGCCUGACUCUUUGGCUGGCAACUUGCUUCAGACUCCUAAUCCCUCAGCAGAUUUGUCAAAUCCCAGGUCUCAUCUGUCUACAGAUGAUAUCCCGGAUGUAUACUAUGUGUAUUUUGGGCGCCGGGAACGUCAUCAUUGACUGUACCAUAUCCCAUAAUCAAACCAGGGCGCGAAGCAAUAUUUCCGCCACAGGAUCCACAUGGGGCUGUUCUGGCUUGUAUCCAGAACAAGAUGGCCAUCUAGAUCCAAACAAAAAGUUGGUUCAUGAGGCUCAAGCAUAUAGUUACUCGUAUAUAGGAAUUCCAAAACUUUUUUGACCAG